AUGGUGCCUCAGACGAGCCCGUCCAUGCGCGCCGCUCAGUUGGGCACUCCCCACCAGCAGCAGGAGCAGAACCUCCUGAACGAGCUCCAGCGUUACCCUCCGGACAUCAUCUAUCAAGUCAAGUCCGAAGUAGGCUUUGGGACUCGCGAGAUCACGACCUUGACGCUUGAGGAGAAGAACCGCCUACUGCAGAACCUUCGUCAGCGUUUCGUCAGGAAUAGGCCGCUUGGCGCGAACAAUAUGCCCCCACCACCACAGCCUGGCCAACCGUCUAGAGGCAACAAGCGUGCAAGCUCAUCACCAGGAGACGAGGAUCGCAACGACGGAUCCCCACCCAACGCCAAACGUCAGAAGCCUUCGCCGCCUGACUCCGGGCCGAUGGCUGGCGGGAGCGCGUAUCCGAGGCCACCUCAGCAGCAGCAGCACCCGCCGAUGCCCGGUGGUCCGAUGCGCGUCCCGCCUCCUGGCCCCAUGUACGGCGGACCUGGCAUGAUGCAUAUGGGCCCCGGGCACGCACAGCCAGGCAUGCAGCCCAUGGCGCCCAUGACGCCUCAGCAAUACCACAACAGUAUGCACGCAGCGCACCAGGGUCGAAUGCCGCAGCCUCCCGUACCCAUGGCUCCGCCUCCCGCGCCCGGUGACUACAACUUGGGAUCGGGUCCUGGGGGCGCGUACCGUGGUGUGCCGACGAAGAUGCCCCCUCCGCCGUCGCCAGCGACGGCAGCGAAGGAUAUCCAGCAGCAACAGAAGAAGGAGGCGAAGAGCGCGGAGACAUCGCCUGGGACCGCGCCUGCAACGCCAGCGCCGGCACCUCCUGCUAGCGCACCACCGACUAUGGAACUGGGCGCGCGUCCGCCGUCACAAGGCGGCGCACAGCAGCAGGCACCACAGUCGUCGCAGCCCCAGCAGCAGCAACAACAAGCGCCGACCCAGCAGCAACAGCCACCCGCACCUUCAACGCAGGUGAACGGCAUCGACAACAGCGGCGGAAUGAGUCUCGGCCUCGGCGAGUCGACCGAUUUUAUGAACCUGUUCGGCGGGGACUCGUAUACCGCAGGUGCUCUGGACAUGGACAUGUCUGGUGACAUGCUGAACUCGCGUCUGGACUAUGAUUCUUUCGGCGCGUGGUUCGACGAUAGCAGACCGGUGGAGGGCGUGGACGCGAAGUAG